AAAGAACCACAAAUACAAAAUAAGGGGAAAAGAAAAUGGAAAUGAAAAAAAAAAAAAAUCCCCCCCCCCAAAACACGCAGACACAAUACCCUUUCACUGAGAUGCAUUUUUGUUUAUAUGGUAUGAGAUUGAGCUUGGAUUUCACAUGGGAUUGGACGGAUAGAAGGGCUGGUACUCUUAUAUUAUGGAUGGUUGUUUUUCUUUCUACAUUGUCACAUAUGGUGCCAAUUGUUGUGAAUUUUACAUGCCUGACAUUCGUUACGAAUCCUGCGAUAUGCUUCCGUGAUACACGGAUACCGGACAGAAUGAGGCUACAUGAGAGCAUGGAUUGAUAUGGAUAUCAAAAUCAUAUACCCGCUUGGCGUUCAUUUUUCUUUUUUUUGUUUUUUCUUUGAGAUAAUUAACCUGUACAUUGAAUUGAUCAAAUAUCUCCGAUCA